GAGCGAUGUGGAAAUGAUGCUCGAUCAACUAAUCGGCCUAAUGUUUGUGUGUGUUCAGAAGUCUCAAAAAUCAACAGAUAUAGGUACAUAUAAUAUUCAAUACUAACUACUAACUAAUCUCCAAUAAUACUCAAUAUAAUACGAUUUCAAAUAUUAUCUUAAACUAUCAUGAUAUUAUUCUAUCUGAAAUCGUGUUAUACAACUUCUAUGUUUCGUAAAAAUCAACAGCCGCCAUUUUAAUCGAGGGUGCAACGCCCUUGUCUGUUAAUAUUAAUAAAUAAUUCUUUAAAGUAAAGUAGGUUAUUUAUUAUAUUACCUAUAUUCAUUAUUUAUAUAUUGAUUCGAUAUUUAAUAUCAAUUAAUUAUCUAUUUUUAGUUUUUUAAUAAAAAUUAAAAAAAAGUAAUUUAAUAAUCAAGUAUUAUAAAAUAUUUAGUUGUGCAUUGUCAGUUGUAAUCCGCUGUUUUCUGCAAUCUUAAGGUACGUAUUAAGGUUACUUAUUUUACUAAAUUAAUUUUAUAUGGUUCACAAAAUACAUGAAUUACAUUCCAACUACACUCUUAAUAUUGAUUAUGUUGUUAAUUUAGUUUCUACAUAAAUUAUAUUUUGUUACCUACGUCUUUAACAAAUAAGUUUUUUGUUUUAAUAAUCAAUGGUUUAAAUAAAGUUUAUGUUAACCUGGUAGUUUUAUAUACACUGUCAUAGGCUAGUUUAUGCCACCUCCUUGUUUUAUUUAGGUAAAUUUUUUUAUUAAAUUAAUUUCAUCUUCUAUAUUACAGUACCUAUGCAUGAUCUUGAAUAAUACAAGUAUCAGCUAUAAUAGUUCAAAUACAAUACCUAAUACAGUUUAAAUUAUGUAGAAGUCUUUUUUAAUAGCAUAAUCACUUAUGUACCUACCUAGUACAAACAAUUUUCAGUAAUCAAAUUUAGUUUAUGGAAAUAUAAUAUUACUGUGUUCUGCCAAUAAUCUAUUUCAUGCUCAUUACUAUCUAAUUUUUAGACAUUUUAUUGUUAUAUUUAAUAAAGUAAGUUUUUAAUUGAUGAUAAUAAUGUAGAAUUUCUAAAGUUCAUUGAAAUGGAAUCUUGCAAAAAGGUACUACUGUAGACAAAUUUGCCAUUUAUUAAACCAAAAAAUAAUUUUCUAUGUUGACAAAAAUUGUAAAAAAAAUGUAUUUUUCUUACUCUUUUAUAAAUGUUGACUAGUCUACAUCUUUGAAGAAUACUACAAGUAUUCUAUUUUAUACACUUUGUUUCGUCUAAUUUCAAAUAUAAUGAAUAAAAAUUGCUUUUAUCAAUCCCUUCACAAAUACAUUUUUAAAAAAAUCAAAUAUUUCAUCUGGAACUCUUAAUACAUUUUAGUAUUGCUUCACAUUUCUCAAAUUCAAUUGAAGUUACAGAAAUAUAUAAUAGAGAAUCUGCAAUGUGUAAUACCUAAUGUUAGUAUGGUAAGUUUUACUUUCAUUUAAUUUCCCUUCAAAUUUAUGUGAAUUAAACUUAUAUAUAUAUUUCCAUUCUAUUAACUAUUGUCUGCUUCUUUAAAUGUGCCAAAAGUCUCUAAUGAGUUUCUUCUGGGGUUUCUAGUCCGUUUCACAUUCUGGUAUCUACCCUGCGUGGAAUAUAUAUUUGGUUCCCAAAUUGGAAUUGGUCAAUUUUGAAAUCAGAUUUAAUUGAAUCAUAAUGUUUGUUUAAGUCACAAGUUAGGUAGGUUACGUUAGGUUUCAACAUUCAAUUUAUAAUGUAAUCACUAAACAGAUAGGUUAAGUAUAAAAUAAAUAAUAAAUAUUAACUUGAGAAAAAAUUGAAUUUUCAAUACAGAUAUUUGAUUAUUAACACAAUGAUAUGCGGAACAUGAAGACACCAAUAAUUGUAUAGUAACCAGGCUCGACUGGCCUGGACCGCAAGUCCACGAUUGCAGAUGGGGCCCUCAGUUAGUUGUGUUAUUAGUUUAUUACAUUUUUGUUUUAGAUGUCAUUAUAAUUAACAAUAUGCAAAUGUAAAUGGAUAAAAAAAUAUUUUUAAUUGUAAAUAAUAUCACUUAUACCUACAGGGUGAUUUUUUAUCAUGAACCAACAAUUAUCUCGAAGAAUUUUAAGUGAAUUUGAAUUUUGUUUUUUCUAAUCAUUAUGGAUUCGUUUAAAUUUAAUUUUGAAACUAUUUUUAAUUAAUUAUUUCUAAUCUACAUACCUUAACAAGUACAUGCUUUUACUUUUCAAAUAAAUACCCCCCUCAACUUUGAACAUAGAUUUGAAUAGGGAAAAUUUUUCUAGACAUUUUGAUGUGCAUAACACCAAUAUCAGAUUUACUGUUCAUGAGUUAAAACUAGGAUUGGAUGUUUAUGCACUUAAAAUUACCAGGUAUGCAAUCUAAAUAUGUACUCAAAAAAAAAAAUAUGCAUUUUUAGUUAAAAAAAACACCAAAAUAUGCGCUUUAUAUAAUAUAAUGUAAUGAUUUAUUCUUCCAAGAAUCCAAAAAUCUAAAUGCAUAAAUGUAAAUAAUUUUUGAUCCUACCACUUAUUCGUGACCUAUAAUUUUUAGUGUUAGGUACCUAUUUCGAUCUGUUCAGUGUUCAGUCUAGCAAUAUGUACUUUUAAUCUCUUUGGUAUCAUUGAAAACUAAUUUGAUUUUAUCUAAAAUUUUGUAUAGGUAAUAAAAUAUAGUAAAUAGUAAUUACAAUUAGCAAUUGGACUACAAAUUACAAUACCUUGUAUAAAAUGUGUAAAUUAUAUUUCAUAACCAUAAUAUACAAUGAUAAUGAUUUGUUAACAAUUUAGUAAUCCAAUAUUUAACAAAACUGUAAAAUAUUUUAGAAAUACUUUUAAAUUAUUUGAAGUUUGAGGUAUACCAAAUAUUUGAUUGUGUGAAUUGGGUUUUAAACCAUACAUAAAUAGUUAUUAUCUUAUAUUAAUUAACAAUAAAACAAACAAUACAUCUUUUAAGUUUAAUACACAUUUUAUUUUUGAAUAUACAUUUUAAGAAAAAUAAGUCUAUUAUGAUCAUACUUUUUUUAAAUAAAAAUUCCAACGUACAUCAAAUACUUAUAACAAAUUUGAAUAAUCAUGCAAUUCAAACAAUUUUGAAUUAAAACAGUAUUCUAGUUCUAUUGAAAUUUUAGAAAAAUGUCUAUUAAAUCUAUUUAUAAUACCUAAAUCAUACUAAUCAUCGGAAAAGCUGAUAUUGUAAUGGUUUUGUAUAGUAUACUUGUAUUCUAUAUUAUUAUUAUUACAUAGUUAAUUUUACCUAUACAGGGUGAUAUUUUUUUAUCAUGAAUUAGCAAUUAUCUACUUACCAUAACCAUUAUCUUGCCAGGAUUUUAAGUGAAUUUAAUUUCUAAUUUUUAUAAUUAUUAUAGAAUCGUUUAAGCUUAAUUUAAAAACCAUUUUUGUAGUUUGGUCGCACCUAACAAGCCAGUAAGAAGUGAAGAAAACAAACAUUUUAUACUAAUUUAGCUUUGACACAUUAAUUUCAUAUUAUUUUUUUAAAAUUAAUAAAUUUUUUGAUGAACAUUUUUUACUUUGAAAAUUCAUUAGGUUUAUUUAUACAACCAAUAUUCAAAAUUAAUAAGAAUUCUAAAAAAAUAUUUGUACAAUACUUGUUUUUAAGUUAUGAAAGUUUUUGUACAUAUACUAGAAAUGUACCAGGUUGAACUUUUUAGCAAUUAUUAUCAUAAUCCAAACCCUAGAUUAGAUUUUUAUAAUUUUUUAUAAGUAAAAUAUACGUGUAAAACAGUUAUUUUUGUUUUCCUGAAAAUUUUAAUUUUAGACAAAAUUAAUUUCAUAAAUAAGCGAUUCAAGUACAAUAAUUAAUAAUAAUUAAUAAUUGAUAAAAAAUAAUAACUGGUUUAUAGCGACCUAACUAAUAAUGUAAUAAUACGAAAAAAAAAAAAAACUUAACUGAAACCGAGUAAUUUUGUUCAAAAAACAUUCUUUCUUGCAACAAAGUGUCAACACAAGAAAAAUUUUUACCCAGGUAGUCAGUACUAGAAUUAAAUAAUUUUUAGGUUAAAUACACGAUAAAGUACUGAGGUUUUGUUAUUGUAAAGAAUUUCUUUAAAUUUAUUUAGCUAGUUACAACGGUUAAAAAUAUUUAAAAAAUAUUAAUAUUAUUAAAAUUAAUUAACUUAAUUACUUUAAUUAAUAUGCAUUGAUAAAGAAAAAAUGACCAACAUAAUUUAAUAUUUUAGCAUUGAGUACAAAAACUAUACAGGCUGUCUCACAAAUAAGCUGAUGUCUUAAAUAUCUCCGGAGAUAAUAAAGAUAAUCAAAUUCUGUUUUUUUCAUAUUACUCACAGGGAUAAGGACCACAAAUAUUUAAUUUGAAUUUAUUUUUAUUUUUAGUAUCAAAAUGACUUUAUUUUAUUAUUUUCGAAAAAUUUUAAGAUAGUCAUUUAGUAGAGUUAUCUUUCUUAAAAUUUUAAUGUUUAAUUUUCAUUUUAAAUUCUGCUGAUCCGUGUGAAAACCGAUGUUAUCGCGUAAUGCUGUUAGCUUAUUCCAGUGGUUUUCAAACACAGUCCAAAAAACAGAAUUUGAUUAUCCUUAUUAUCUCCGGAGAUAUUCAAGGGGUAUAUUCAUGGACAGCCUGUAUACUCUGUCUCAAAAUAGAAUACACCGGGUUUGCGCAUCGUGACUGUAACUCUUAGCCCGAUUUUCCCCCACUAUGCUGCCACUAGUGGACCGGUUACUAUAGCAGAUACGCGAAAACGAACAAAAUCUGAUCGGCAGCCGGUGUAUUCUAGUUUGGGACAGUGUAGAAACACGGGGCAACACAUAACUAGAAAAUUUUGUCCACACUGACCAACUUGUCGUUACCUGUCACUGUGUGUUACUAAUUAAUGAAUUCCGUGUUUCGCUUUUAACCGGAAUAUGGAACAAAUAGGAAUUUUUGCUGCUGACAAAAUAAACACGCAGUGACAUUUGAAAACAGUUUUCAACUUUUAACAAGCAACAUGUGCAACUGAAAAUUUUGCUGUAUGUUGCUCUAGUGUGGACCCGGUUAAAGUUAUCAAACAAUACGGUAAAGAUACGACAACAAUGGCGGAGAAAAUUAGGCAUUUGCUUGGCGAAACUAAAAUGAAAAUAAUAACGGCGCAACGGCAACGAUGCGUCGUAACUUACAAGAGUGAAAAAUGAAGGAGCGUGAUCAUUAAUCCCUACCAUCAAACCGUUAUGGCCAAUUGUAUGUGAUCAUACACGAGUAAUGGAGGCAAUGGCUGCACACGAAUAAUUGCGUCCCAAAAUAAAAUAUCCGACAACAUGAAUUAUUGCGUCCCGGAUUUUUCUGAACGACUAUACCAAUUUACGUCCGUUCUAUCUGAAAAUUAUAUUUUAAUAUUCCAGUUUUAUACAAAUUAUUAUUUUGUAUAGAUUACACUUUUAGUAGGUAUGUGUGUCGUCUGUUUUAACUCGUAGUUUGUUUUUAUUAUUAUAAAUUUAUAACGUACUUAUAUAAUUCGUAUAAAAUUCGUUCGCGUUUGCCUAAACUUCGACGUGAUUUUAAAUGACAAUAAAAAAAUUGAACUUUAUUUUGUAUAAAUAAAUAUAAAUUUCGUUACCAUAAAAUAUUAAAGAAUAAUGUUCGAUAAUGGAAUUGCUGGUAAAAAAAGUUUAAAUAUUAUUUUUGUAUUAAAUAAAAUUAUUAAAAUGACAUUAUAAAAUGUGCAAAUGAUCAUAAUCAUAUAAAAAAUUCUGCCAAAUUAUAUUAAUAGACAAAAACUGAAUAAUAGUUUAUAAUAAUUUAUAGUGUUAUUUAAAUGCUUUAAAGCUUUAAACUUUUAAUUGUGUAAUAACGAUCAAAAUCAAUAUUUUUAGCCUAUUAAUAGUAAUAAGUUUGUAAUGACAGUCCUUAUAAGUUUGUAAAAAAUGGGAAGGCAUAUAAUGUUUUUACGAUGGGACGCAAUUCAUGAAAUCGUUAAAUAUUAUAGGAGCGUAGUUCUUAUGAAAAAAUGAUCUUGGGACGCUAUUAAUUUCCUGCAGAAGCAAGGUGCCAGUAGUGGAGAUACAUGUGUGAAUCUGAACGUAUUUUUGUCUGCCACCGCACAGUGACAGGAAUUGAUAUUUUAAGCAGAUAAUUUUUUUUUUUUUUGUAGUGUAAUUUCUGAGGAAAUAGAAGAAAAAACUUAAAAUUAUUAUUUGGUUUUUAAAAUCCCAAAGUAAUUAAUUGUUGCUUAUAUUAUGUACUAAUGGAUGUCACUGGACUUUGCUGGAUAGUCUUUUCAUUUAAUUUCAUUGUUUUUUUUUUUUUUUUUUUUUUUCAUGUAUAAGGAUGUCAACAACUUUUUUGUUUGCAAUUGUUUGUAUAUGAUGUUCACUUUUUUUCUUCAGCCACUCCAAACAAAAUUUGAACCUAACUGAUCUUUUGGUUUAUAUAAUAUUUAUUAUAAUUAUUUCCACUUGAUAUGAUAUUUAUUAAAUUAUAACUUUAAAGAAUCUUGAAAAAUCAUUUCUAUCUUUCAAAUCCAACCCAGCUAUUAUAAAAGAUUUUAAUAAAUAUUGUAAAAAUAAAUAAUUAUCAAUAUAAUGGAACUCAAAAAUAUGACACUUGGUACUUUCCAAGGACGUAUUAGGAAACUAAUUUUUAUAUAAAAGAAAAUAAAAAUGUUUUUUAAUCCACAAUCAAAAAUAUUUAUUCAAAACUGAAAUUUAAAAUAAAAAUUAAUUUUAUAGUUUAUUUUAAUACUUUUUGAUAUACAAUGUUUUUAGUUCUUCUAUUUGACGCAUAUAUGUAUAAAAAGAUUUCCUGAAUCACUAAUUCUUGAACAUGCUACACAUAACUGACCAUGAAAAAAGCAUGAUGUAUCAAGAAAAACUCCUGUAAUCUUUAACGAUUCUCCCAGGGAUUUAUUAUUAGUAAAAGCAAAGGCAAGUUUUACUAGAAAUUACAAUCUUUCAAAUUCGAAUGGAGUAUCACUAGGUAUGAGGGGUAUUCUUGGAAUAUAUAGAUUUUCACCUUUACCACAUCCAGUUAAUAUUGAUGCUUCAAUUAUGUGAUUAUUGAAAGAUUUUAUACACAAUCGAGUUCCAUUACAUGAUUUAAGUGGAUUAAGAUUUUGCAAUAUCGUUAUAGGUGCACUAAUUUUUAAAGUUAAUAUAUGGGCUAGUAAACCUGGUAAUUCUAAAGAAUUCAAAAAUUCCAUUAGGUAUUGUAUUGCAUGCUCAGGAUUACAUGCAAUGUCAAUAGAUUGAUAUGUUUUAGAUUUUCCUGGAAGCAAUCUUAAUAUAUCUUCAUUGAUAUUAUGAACUCUGUCAUUUUUCGGUGCAAGUAUAGCCCUUUCACAUAACCAUUCAUGAUUAAUAAAUAUAAUUUUCAUGUAUUUCGGGAAAUACUCGAGUUUUUAAUACAUCAACUGAGUUCACAAUAUUACAAAAAUUUCCUAGAAAUGUUAUAGUGUCAUUUAAAUUUGUUUUUCCAUACUCCAUCCUCGAGAAGUAAUAAUUGUUUAGAAAAAUUCUUUAAAGUAGAAUCACAUGUUAGAGAUACUCUCAUAUUUUUUGUUAAUGUAUUGGCUUUUACAUGCUUCCAUAAAUAUGAGUUUUUUAAACGUGUCUAUUUGAUCAGCUGAUAUUCCUCGUGAUUAAGAGAUUAUAUUAGAUGAAGCUACUGUUAAUGCUAUAUCUCCAUUAUUUCGUAUUUUUGCUAGUAUUAAAUUCAACAAAAAUGUUUUUCCUGUCCUUCCCGGGGCAUCUAAAAAAAUACAACUUUUCUCUUCUUCAAUAAUUUCCAUAAUUCUUUUGAAUGCUUUUUUUCUGAUUGUCAACUAAUAAUAGUUCAUUAUUGUUAAUAUAUGUAUUUAAAUUAUAAAUGUUAUAUGGCGUUUCACGUAUAAUUUCUGCAUCUGUAAAAUCAUUUUGUAUUUGAAGUGGAUUAAUCCCUUAUGACUUACAUUUUUGCCUGUUAUUGAUAAACACAUGUCUUCUAUAUUCUAUAAAGCGCCUCAUUGAACAUUUCAUCAGUAGAAUUUAAAUAUUCACAAUCUGUAUGAUUUUACUUUUGAUUUCGAUAUAAUAAAUCUUCAGUCAUAAAUUUUUUUUAUAUUUAUCCCAUAGGUAUUGUGGUUUUGAUGGGUUACAUGAAGUUAAAUAAUUGUAAAUAGUGAUAUUAUUUUACUCAAAUUGUUUGUUAUUUGCUUCAGACCUUGUGCCAUUCCAAUAUUUAUCAUCUCUAAGUAAACCCUCUAAGUUGUAUACAUGUUUCUCUACAUAAUUUGUUAAUUAUUCUAUGAACUGUUUUUAAUUUUUCAAAUAAUGUUGGACAAAUAACAGUAUGUAAUAAAAUUAAAAAAAAAAAAAAAACAGGAUUAUUUGGGUGUUUUGUAUACAUUCUACCAAGAGUAUCACUUUAAAAAAAUAUCUGGACACUCUUUAAAAGAUGAUUUUUGUUUUCUAGAAUUAAAUUUUUUUUAAAUUAUCCCAUGUAAAAUAUUUUGGACCAUCAUAAUAUAUUGUUUUAGCGAAAUUAUCUAUUUGACAUAAUUUUUAAAAAAUAAACUGUGAAUGUUGUUUCAGGUGGUUUUUUAGCUUUUAUUUCUAUGUUUUCAUUUGAAAAAUAAACACUUUUACCAUUUUCAAGGUGUACAUGUAAAUGUUUCAAAUUUGGAUAUUAAUCAUGAAUUUUAAAACCUAAAAUUUGCUAUAUUGCUUUAUUACUAUUUAUAUAUCUCCCGGAUUGAUAUUCUUCAAUUUCAUCAAUAUUUUUAUUUUCUAUUGUAAAAAUUGCUUGAUUUAUUACUUUAUGGAUGUACUUCAAUAUGUAUUUUAUUUUAACUACUGAAAUACAUAGUUCAACAUUAAUAUGAGCUUUUAUAAUUUUCGAAAAGAGAUUUGACAAUAAGAUACAAUCCACCUAUUAUCAAUAUUUACUUUUCUAUAUUUACCAUUAAUUUUUUGUUAUAGUAGUCUAAAAACUUCCAUUUAUUAUACUUCUUCUGUAUAAAGGAUAUCCAUUUGUAUCCGAUCUUGCAUUGAGUAAUGUUUGAGGAUAAUUACAUAAACAUUUACCAUCUUUCAUAUAAACUGAAUUCAGAUUUAACUGUCAACGUGGUCCAUCAUAUUUUACUUUAUAAUAUCAAAUAAGAUGACCUUUCUCUGUAUCUGGUAGCUCAAAUGAAAUAAUAUCAUCAAUUUGAUCUGAAUGAAUUUUAUUUUUCAACCAUAUUAAAAUAUGAACACGAGGUAAACCUUUUUUUGCCCUUGUAUUGAAUAAACCCACGAUAUAACAUCACUAAAAAUCUUGCAUAUUGUGAUCAAGUCAGUUUUUUUUUUUUAAUUUACAUUUAAAUAAGUCUGGCUAUUGUUUAUAGUUGGGGCAACAAUAAACUUGUAAUUUCCUCCUAUUGAAUAUUACAUGCAAAUGUUAUGAAUAAACAUUUUACAUUGUAUCUUACAUAACAAAGAGCAUCUUUUAUAAAAUAAAAUCAUAAAACCAAAAUUAUUAAAAUGGUUAAUACUCAUAUAAAUAUAGUAAAUAGAGUCAUAUUUUACAUUUUGACUGUGAUAUACCUGAUGAUGAAUUUUUAAUUCAAAACCAGUCAAAUAAUACACUUAUCACAAUAUUUAUCAUAUUUGUAUGUAUAAAGUUUUAUUUAUUUAUUAAUUUACUAUAUCUUAUAAAUAUUCCUACAUAUGUCUUGGAUUACCUAUAAAACUUGCUAGUAAGAUAAAGUUUUAGCCAAUAUCAUAAUACUCCAGGUGAUGCAUUAAUUAAUUAAUUCAUAUACUUAUUUAUUUAAGAGUAUUAACUAUUUAAUAAUUUUGUUUUUACUUUAUUAUUUUAUUAUUUAUUAUGGCAGGUCAAACCUAUUUUCCAACUCAGUUAAUGAACAGGAUUGCAUAUUUAAAAUAAUAUAAAUAUCUAUUUCAAUAAAAUUUGUAAAACAUUGAAUGUUGUGUUACAAAAUAUAUCAAUAUACAUAUCAAAUAUACUUUUGAAGCUUCAAUCAAUGCCAAGAAAUGAGCAGAGACAAUAUGAUUGAACUCUGAAAUACAAUUUUAAUUCAGUAAAAAAUUAAAAAACAAAUAAUACAAUAUGAAUCUGUUAUAAAUUAUAUGCAAUUUCAAAAUCAAAAUCAAACAAGAUAUAACUUAAUAAACAACAAUAAAAACUACAAAAAUAAACCUAAUAAAAUAUUAAAACAAAAUUAUAUAGUUAAACGAAAAAUACAAUUAUUAACUAAUUAGUGAAUAAUUUAAAAAUUAAUAAUUCAGAAAUAGUUCUAGUAAAUAAAUCUAAUGCUAUUGCUAUUGUUAUUCUUUACACUAAUGAAAUUCAUAAAAAAAACUUUAGAUUUUAUAAAAUAUAAAUAAUAAUAAUUUUCAAAAUGUAACAUAUGACCCAACUAUAAUUUACACUAAAUAAAUUAAAAAGAAAUUAUAUCUAAAGUCCAAAAGAAAAUAUUAUUAAAAUCUAAUUACAAAAUAUAGGCUCCACAUUUACAUACAUUCAUAAAACAAAUUUUUUAUCCAAAACCGGCCGUACAAUACACAUAAUAUCAGGCGACGUAUUUAUUUAUUUAUAUUUUUUUUUUUUAGAAGUAAUUAGUGGGUUAGGUGAUAAAUGAAAAAGAUUAAAGUUGGUAUUAACACUUGAUGAUUUUCUAGUAUAAUUUCUUCUAAUCUUUAUAUAGUUUUUGUUUUUACAAUAAUAUUUAUAAUUUUUAUGUAAACACAUUUUUUUAAAAAAUAAUAUUUUUAAAAUUAUUUUCUAAAUAUCAAUAUAAAAUUAACUUUGAUUUAGAAAUCUAUUUAAUAAUAAAUAAUAAGUAAAGUCAUAAGCGAUUUACUUAAAAAAAUCUAAAAUUGUUAUUUCAACAAAUAUUUUAAAAAAAAAAUAUUAUAAAAUAGGAACUUUAAGUAUUUAAUAUAAAUAAAAUCAAAUAAAGCAUCACUUUAAUGAAAAUAUAUAUAUAUAUGUAUGGUAUUUUGUAUAGUAUAAUAAAUACCGAUUAAAUCUUACUUUUUUUUUUCUACAUACGAAUAAUAUUAAUUUUGUAGUUGUAUUAUAUAUUUUCAACAUUAAUUCUCACAUCACUAGGAGUGAGAUUCUACAUGUUUAUUUUAUUUUGUAUAUUAAUACAUCACAAGUAUGUAUGUACACCUUCGAUAAUGUAUUGUUUAAGAAUUAUUUAUUAUUAAAGAAUUAUUUAUUUUGAUUAUUACAAAAAAAGCUUUCGGGCGGUUUUAAAAAAAAAAAAUUAUAAGAUAUUGAGUUGUAUUAUAAUUAAGAUACUUAAAAAAUUAAAUUGAUAUCGUCCGCUUAUUUUAUACACCAGUGGUAACCAAACCUUUUUUUACAGGGGGGCCAUACAAAAAUAAUUAUAAUCUUGGCCCGCCAAGAAUUUAAACUUUUACUUUUAAUUUAAUAUCGAAUAUUAUAUUUUAUUGUAGGUAAGUCUUAUUAUAACCUAUAGAUAAACUGAUAUAUUUAAUAUUAGUGUUUUAUGUAUUGAUAUUUGAUUGUUAUAACUGAAAAAAGAAUGUAAAGUGUAAACAUCUUAUUUUAAUGUAAAUGUGUAUUUUUGAAAUUCGAAGUAAUUUUAUUUUUCAAUAUGAUUUAAUACGCGGGCCAAUUAUAAAUGAUAAUGGACCGGAUUUAGCCCCCGGGUCGUAGUUGGUCACCACUGUUAUAGACCAUGAAAUCAUUUUAUAAAUUUAAUAUUCAUUUAAUUAUUUUUAUUUUGAGAAAUGUAUGAUUUUGAUUGAUACUUCAAUCAAUAAAAAUAAAAUUACUUGAAAUUUUACAUCAUUCUUACAGAACCACUGAUUAUGAAUUUUGAUCACGUGUUCAAGCUAAUACCUUUGAUAUUGUAAUCUGAUUUUUCUCUUUAGACGUAGUAUAAAAAUUAAUAUUAUCUGCUUUUUAAUGAUAUUUUUAAGUUUGACUGGUUUUGUUCGCUUAAAAUAUCAAUUUCUUCUCACUUUUGAAUAAUAAAACCUUGAAUGGCAAAAUUUUGAACCGGCUAAUUUUUAUCCCUUAGAAAAUGAUCUAAUAAGUAUUGCCGUUUCAAGAUUUUUACGUAGACUCUAUUGUUAAUUAUAUAUUAAUUACAUGGGUACUUACAAAAUUGUUAGCAUAUAUUAUUAGAGUAUUAGAAAUAAAUUGUUUUUAAAAUUUGUUGAAAAAUUAAUUUUUAGGUGCUAUGUAGGCAACUUAUUAAACCAUUAGCAGUACAAUUAUUUCAAGAGUUGAUUAUGACUGGUAAUAUUAAGUACAAAUUUGGGGACCACUGGACUUGUUAUCAAAAAUUAUACCGGUAGGUAUGUAAUACUUUUAUGAUAAAUAAUAAUAUGAUAUUGAAUAUUCUAUCUAAUAUCACGGCCUCAGAUGUUUUUCUAUUCUACUCUACUGUAGGUGUUAUGAAGAUGAUUUACAGAUUUAAACUUUUGCUCGUGAAUUACAGUUUUUAUUGUCUUUAAGAAUUUAAAAUGCUGUUCAAACCAUUGAAUUCAAUUUAUCGUUAUCGUAGGCUUAUAGUAAAACACACAAAUAUUUUAUUUGUGGAUAAUAAUGUAAAAAGUUAUAGUACAACAAAUAAUAAAAAUAAAUUUGAUGGACCUAGUUUAAAAGAUUUUAUUUCAAACGAAUUUCCUGCACAACAAACUGAAUUAUUAAACAAUAAUGAAAAAAUUCCAUACCUGGAUAUCGUUAAUCUGGGACAAAAUAGAAAAGGUACAAAAUUUAAAUAGCUUCAAAUGUCCAACAUCCAAAAUAUAAAUUUGAAACUGUCUUUCUUUAUUUCUAUUUGAAGUUCAUAUUGAAGUUUAUGGUUGCCAAAUGAAUGUCAAUGAUGCUGAAAUUGUUUGGUCUAUAUUACAAAAUGAAGGUUAUAUUAAAACUGACAAUAUUUAUGAUGCUGACAUAGCUCUACUUAUAACAUGUGCAAUCCGCGAUAAGGCUGAAAACAGAAUAUGGACACGUAUUAAACAAAUACGGUCUUUUAAACGUUUAAGGGGUAAAUUUUAUCCAUUAAAAGUUGGAAUUUUAGGUAAGAUAUUUUUUUAAAUACCCUAGUUAAUUUUUAAUAUUUAUGUACUUACAAUUACAGGUUGUAUGGCAGAAAGACUAAAGGAAAAAUUAGUAAACGAUACACAUGGAGGUGUAGAUCUUGUUGCUGGCCCUGAUAGUUACAGAGAUUUACCUAGACUAUUAACCAAAACUGAAGCCGGUCAAAAAGCUGUAAAUGUGUUAUUAUCAUUUGAUGAAACAUAUGCUGAAAUAAAACCUGUGAAAUUAAAUGAAGACAAUGUUACUGCAUAUGUGUAAGUCAACAAUAUUUUUUAAACCUAUAGUAAUUAUGUACACUGUUAUAUCAUUUAGGUUAUAAAUAAUUGUUGUAUUUAAUUGAUACCUAUUAAAGAUGUAAAAAAAAAGUGUUAAAUCCACUUAUAUACUCACUUUUAAUCAAUUGGUUUUUUUUUUCAGAUCAAUAAUGCGUGGCUGCGAUAAUAUGUGUACAUAUUGUAUUGUUCCAUUUACUAGGGGCCGUGAACGAUCUCGAUCUGUAGAUUCAAUUCUAGAUGAAAUAAAAUAUUUAUCUGAUAAAGGUUUCAAAGAAGUAACUUUGUUGGGUAAUUAAUAGCAUACAUGUAUAAUUGUAUUUAAAGAAAUUUAUUUAAUUAGUUGAUUUUCUAUAUUAGGACAAAAUGUAAAUAGCUAUCGUGAUUUAACUAGUUCUUCGCAUUUUAUGCCUUCAAAUAAAACUUUAGCAUCAGGAUUCAAAACUGUUUACAAGCAGAAGAAAGGUGGUGUCAGAUUUGCUGAACUCCUAAAUCGAGUCUCGGAAGUUGAUCCAGAAAUGAGAAUUAGAUUUACUUCGCCCCAUCCUAAAGAUUUUCCUGAUGAGGUAAAUAUCUAAUUUAGCUCUAAAAGUCAAUUAAUUUAAAUUAAUCCAUAAAUAUAUUUUAUUUCUUUCCAGGUUUUAGAUGUUAUUUCAGAGAAACCUAAUGUAUGUAAAAAUUUACACUUACCAGCUCAAUGCGGAAACUCAGAAGUUUUAGAGAGAAUGCGAAGAGGUUACACUCGUGAAUCAUAUUUGAAUUUGGCUCAACAUAUUAGAGAUAGAAUACCCAGUGUAACGUAUUCCAGUGAUUUUAUAGCAGGUUUUUGUGGUGAAACCGAUGAACAAUUUGAUGAUACUAUUAGUUUAAUGGAAACUGUGAAAUAUCAUAAUGCAUUUUUAUUUGCAUAUAGUAUGCGAGAAGUAUGAUAUGAAUAUCAGUUAUAGAGUGACUAAAUUUGUUUAAUUAUUUAAUUCAUUUUCCUAGAAAACAACAGCAUAUCGACGUUAUAAAGAUGAUGUUCCACAAGAUGUUAAAUUAGAAAGAGUAAAAAAAAUGUUUAAUGAAUUUCGAAAAACCGCGGAUAUCUUAAAUAGGAAAUUUGUUGGCACUGAACAGCUCAUUUUAGUUGAAGGUGUAAGUUAAAUGUUUUUAUUAUAUUAAAAUAUAAUUUAUUGGACAAAUUAAAUUUUUAAAAAACAACCUAAAAGCUUGUUAUAAUUUUAUUUUUGUUAUAUAUAACACCUAUUUCAUUUACAAAACAAGUUUAUAACUGUGUUAAAAUUAUUAUAUGAACUAUGAACAUUUUUUAAAUCACAAAAUAAAUAACUGAUUGCAUAAAAACAAUAUUAUGUUAAAUAUUUCAGGAAAGUCGGAGAGGGCCGUCUAAUCUUUGUGGACGAAAUGAUGGAAAUAUAAAAGUAAUUAUUCCAAAUAUAAAACUAUCCGUUGAUGGAUCAUCAUUAAAUCAAGAUAUUAAACCUGGUGAUUAUAUAACUGUAAAGGUUAGUAUUAUAAACUUAAGUUUAUUAUCUAUUAUAUAUUUUAAUUUAUAAAACUAAUUUAAUGUAUGUAUAAUAUUACAUAAUAAAUAAUUACAGUGACAUAAGUUUUCAGACUUUUAGCUUUUACUAAUACCAAUUCAGUCUUAGAAUAGAUAUUAUCAAAAUCAUUUUAACUGUGUAAAAAAAUAAGUACAAUGUACUGUACCUAUAUUAUAAAAAAAAAUGUAGAUAUGUUAAAUAAAACUGUUCAUGUUUCAUGAAAAUUGUUUAAACUUUUAACAUUAUAAAUUUGUAACAAAUAAUAUCUUGGCAUUGGACUGGAUGUAAUUAUUCAACUAAAUAGUAUUCUAUAGUUACUUAAUUUAAAAUAUUGAAUAAUUUAAAUAAAUUAUAACAGAAAAACCUUUGAAAUAACAUAUUUUAUGCAAUAUGCAAUACAAUUUAAGAUAGAACUGGGUUUUUUUUUUUUAGAUAACAGAAUCAAACUCUCAAAUUUUAAAAGGCAUGCCUAUUCAACAUACAAGUCUCCAAGAAUAUGAAAAUAAAACAGCAAAGUUGGUUAAAGAAAAAUCAUAUUAGACUCAAUUUUAAAUUUUUAUGUUUAUUGAAAAAUAUUUUCAGCUAUAACCACUACAUUAAUAGAUUAUAUUUAAACAUCUAUAGUAUAUAAUAAAGUAGUCAUAAAUACUAGACAAAUUAAAUUGAUUGUAUAUAAAUUAUAAA